CCAACAUUCAGUCAUGAAAGACCCUAUUUUCCCUGAAAAUAAAACUUGAUGUGUUUUUCAGAACGAGAAUCCUCGAUCUCUGGAGCCAAGGUUUGAAGAUUUGCUAUUCAGUUGACCAACUCACCCUCCAUCAUAUCGAAGUGGCCUCCCGCGUUUUGUUGGAAAUUUCGCCUGUAUGUCCGUACUAAUCCGACAGCCUUGUCCAUUCUAAUUCUCUCACCUUUAUACAUCAGUCGCCCACAGAUCUAUGUGAGCUUCAAAAAAAGCUCAGGAGUUGAGAGAUCAGUUCAGCUUUUCUGAUCGUGGUUCUUUCGAUACCAAACACGCCCAAGCAAAGUGGCCAUAACUUCGCAAUGGACGUCCAUAUACGCAACGUCCCUCAACAGAGCACUGAGAACAGCUUGAGGAACUUCCUCAAGCCGUUUCUCUUAGCGCUGUCUAUUCGAUCUGUCUAUUGCAACAAGCCCAAAGACAAGAAGUUCGCGUUCUUGACCUUCCUCCAUCUCAACGACGCUGAGACGUUCCUCCAGAAUUACGGCCAGACCAAGAACCAGACACAAUAUGCUGGCAGUCAACGAAGCCAGCCUCGCCCAAAAGUCACAUCCGUCAAUCUCAGGUUCCUCGGACAGCCAAUCUACUGCCAGAAAAGCAACAAUGAGGCCAAUCCUUACCUGCUUCGAGUUCUUGCCAAGGAGGAGAAGGAUCGCCAAACGAGAGUUACGACUAUGACAACAAUCGAUCACUACAAACCUCAGCUUCUGCCUAUAGUCUUCCAAUGCACAUCUGUAUCAUGUGGUGUAUGGAGCUAUUCUAGAUCGAACCUUUACUUCGAGCCUCAACAGUCAUGGCAUUCCCCAGGUGUUUUGACAUUUGGCGAGCAUAGCACUAUCUUGACGCUAGACUCUGGCAUCAGAAUCGACUUCCUGCACUUUGCUACUUUGUCAAUCUCCGCUGAAGAGGGAUCAAUUCCGUCUUUCAUAUUCUCCAUGCGUGAAGCUCCCCGAUUUUUCCAAAAGAUUCUUUCCGAUCCACUGGCAGACUUGAUGGCACAGCUGGGGAUCCGGUCAGAAGAAAUUCCAGCACAAAAUCGCCGAGGAGGUCCAGAGCGACAUAGACUUCCCUACUUAGAUGACAUGCAUCAGAAAACUGCCGGAAGCUGCUUCGUGUACCGCGUUGAACUGCAGCCAGUGCCAUUCGGACGAGACGAUGUGACGGAGCGCAUGCAGUCUCUUCGAGUCGCUCCCGGACUGCCCCGUGUAAUCCAUCGUCGAACAGAUGUUAUCCGGCCACGACAAACAUUCGCGGAGGGUGUGCAAGUACUACAGACUAUCCUCUCGUCAAGCACGACCACAAUUCCUUUCCCAUUGGCCUUCCAAAUACUGAAGCUUGCCUUAGAUGGCUACCUUCCUCCACUUACUGUUGUCAAGAUGGUACCUGCAAUCCAAGAUAUGGCUCGUCGAACUUCAGUUCUCAUUUCUGUGAAGUCCAUUCGAAAAUUAUUCAAUCAACUCGACUACCCUGGACCUGACUCUGAGGCAACCGAAUUCGAAUUGAGUGAGGUAUUGCAGCAACUGAAAGAUAACGAGGAGCAGUGCCAGAGAGAGGACAUUGCAGUCGAUGAGGAUCCUCAGAGAUCUGGAAAUAUUGCUAUCAUACACCGUGUGAAGAUUACCCCAUCAGGAAUGCGACUCUGUGGCCCCGACGUCGAAUCAAACAAUCGAGUCCUGCGCAAAUAUCCAAACCACCACGAAUACUUCAUUCGAGUCCAGUUCUCCGAUGAGGAUGGGCAGCCAGUCCGCUUCAAUUCUCGAGUCUCGAACCAGAAAAUCUUCCACGAGCGCUUCAAAGACGUGCUGCGAAAAAGCAUUUCCAUUGCCGGAAGAGACUUUGAGUACCUCGGUUGCUCGCAUUCCUCCCUUCGUGCCCAAUCAUGUUGGUUCAUGGCGCCCUUCGUUUGUGGGGGAAGCUUGAUGUGGAGUCAAACUAUGAUACAAGAGCUUGGAAACUUUACUACUAUCCAGUCUCCGGCAAAGUGUGCUGCCAGAAUUGGUCAAGUGUUCUCUGAUACAAGAACUGCAGUGGCAAUUGACCCAGCCUUAGUCCGCUCGGAGAGCGACGUUGAACGCAACGGUCGUACGUUCAGUGAUGGUGUGGGAACAAUGUCUAUCGCCAUGAUGGAAAGAAUUUGGGACGCUCUUCCAAGGGCCAAACGUGUCAAGCCUGCUCUCUUUCAGAUCAGAUACCAAGGUGCCAAAGGUAUGAUCUCUCUCGAUACAAGACUGAAAGGUGAUUGUCUCGUACUACGUCCAUCAAUGAUCAAAUUCGAUGGUUCGACUUGGCCGGAUAUCGAGAUUUGUGAAGCUGCAUACCAACCACUGACAAUGUACUUGAAUCGCCAAUUCAUCAAAAUUCUCGAAGAUCUGGGAGUUGACGACCAGUUCUUCUUGAACCUGCAGGCCCAAGAAGUCGAUCGUCUGCGGUCGAUAACUGAAAGCCCGAUGAAUGCAUCAACUUUCUUGAAACGACAGUCCAUCGGUACCGGUCUCCAUCUGCCUUGGUUCAUCAAUGAGCUUGCAUACAUGGGCCUCGAUUUCAGAAGGGACGGUUUUCUUCGAGAUGUACUGGAGAUGGCUCUACUUGUUGAACUUCGUCUGUUGAAGCACAAGACACGGAUCCCUGUCGAAAAAGGAUGGCAUUUACAUGGGAUCAUGGAUGAGACAGGAUUUCUGGAAGAAGGUGAAGUGUACUGCUCUGCUUUGGUUGCUGGAGUUCCGAUGGCAUUGACAAAGAAGAACUUAAUAGUAUCACGGGUAAGUGAAACAAAGGACAUUGAAGUUUGAGGUUUAUCGGACAUGAUCACGCUGCCACUACGUUCAAGCAGGAACUGAUGUGUCCUAGGCUCCUGCGUUGCAUCCUGGCGAUGUUCAGCUGGCACAUGCGGUCAUCCCACCACCGGGAUCACCUCUUUCCGAACUCACCAACUGCAUUGUUUUUAGUAGUAAAGGCAAUCGAGACCUGCCAAGUCAACUUUCCGGGGGUGAUCUAGAUGGAGAUCGAUAUUAUGUGAUGUGGGACGAUAACUGCAAGCCGAAGCGGACGUUCAUGCCCGCCGACUACGCCCGCCAGCCUCCUAUCGAUAUUCAUAGGGCUGUGACGAAGGAUGACAUGACGGACUUCUUUAUCCAAUUCAUGGAGACGGAUCAACUUGGUCGAAUUGCGGUUCUUCAUCGAGUGCUUGCCGAUCAGCAACCGGGUGGCACUUUGCACUUGGAUUGUAUCACUUUGGCAGAGAUGCACUCUACUGCUGUUGACUUCUCAAAGACGGGCAUUCCAGUCGACAUGUCUAAACUCCCCAAAUACAACAAAUGGCGCCCCGAUUUCGAAGCUCCUGGCCCACAUGUGAAGAUCGAGAAGCAAGGCGGUCUUUCACUCGAGGACAUCGACUAUAGGGAUCCCGAUGAUCAGGUAGACCAAGACGAUGACUUUUCUAGCUAUCGAUACUAUGAAAGCGUGAAGAUCCUGGGCAAGCUAUACCGCGCCAUUGACGAACGAGAGGUCUUCGAACACAUCAAGCAUCGGUCCCUGAACCCAGAAAUUAGCCGUGAGUCGACGGUUAUUGAUUCCGUCUGGGAUCAAGUACGUGCCAAAUGCGCAUUAUUCCAGUAUAGUCACCAUGUCGUGUGGGCGAGAGACAUUCGCGCCAUGUACGAAGAAAAGAUGUUGGAUAUCAUGAUCAACCACAGCGAGAACACCCUCCACGCCGUCUCCGAACUCGAAGCCUUCAUUGGAAAUAUCCUCGGUCGCACCGGUGCCCAGAGCAAGAACCAGCGCGAGCUGUCCACAACCAUGAAAGAGCGAUUCGAGGAACACUCUGCCUUCAUCGUCAACUGUAUCGUCAAGGAUGGCAGCGAGUGGUCUGAGGAAUCUCUGGAACGCAGUAUGGCUUGUUUGGCUGUCAGUCUUGAGAAAAAAGUGGUCUACAAACGUCAUGAGAAUCUGCUGAGCUUCAAAUAUCUUGCUGCAGCUGUCUGCUUGAGAGAGGUGGAACGAGUUCCUGGUUUGUGAACCGAGAUAUUAUGAUGAUUGGGGAGAUACACGUAUCGGAUCCGUUGAGUUGAGUUGCAGGUUUUGAUGGCUAUGCGGGGUAGUGACUGGGAAUCAUUGCAACGUGGGAGUUUGAACUGUUACUUUCUUCCUUUGACGGGCUUCAUUGUCCCAGUGCAUCCAGUCUUAUUUGUGGAUCGGAGAGAUACCCUUUGUCGCAGAUUAAUAGGUUCUCUUAACGAAUGAUGAAUCAUGAGUACAAGCAGGCCCCAGGAUCCGAACGAGAGGACUGUGUGAAAUCCUUUGGCAAAGUAGCAUCUCGACAUUUCAAAACUUAUUUUCUAAAAGUUCUUAAUCUACUGAAUCAAAGCUCCUCUCUCUGGGAAAG